AUGGAAUUCUUCAUGGAUUCCAUGGAUUCCACAUGGAUUCCAUAUGGAUUAUACCGGGGAAGGUCCUGGUACGGAAUUCCCGGGCCGGCACCCCCUUGGCAUCGAGUUCAAAUUAAUCGCCGAUCGCGUCGUAAAUACAAAAAGAAACUACAGACUGUUAGGAAGGAUAGCGGUACUACAGCCAAGGUCUCCGAAAGAUGUGAUCCAUUGUGGCUUAUGGAGAAGGCCAAAGAACAAUUUAUGAAACUUACACAUGGCACUCUGUAUACGUAUCUCGACGAGAUCGCCCAAUACUGCAUCGCCAACCCUGAAGAGGCCCUGGGCUUCUGCGUGUUGAUGGAGGAACAGUGGAAUGCAUUUAUGAUGGAAGUUCAGGGGGUGCUCGGAGAUAUAUUGCAAAUUUAUGGAUGCGGAGACAUCUGGAAAAAAGCAGACAUGGUAGCCCGCGACAUCAGGCACGUUGUGAGCCUUGUUGAGGAGAUCCAUAUGCAGGCAAUGAGUUCCGUCGAUGACAUCGCAGAUUGGCGUUCCAGCGGCAUUUUCGGUUAUCAGAUCUGUCCCAAAGGCGCCAAGGUGGUUAUCUAG